UAAAAACAAAAAAGAAAAACGUGUCAACACCAAGUGUUGGUGAAAAUAUGGGGCAACUGAAACCCUCAAACAUUACUGGAGGGAGUGCAAAAGGAUAGUCACUGGCCACUUUAUAAGAAACCUCCAAAUGGCAGCACCCGCCGGAAUGUCUUCUGGAGCCAGCAGGAGCGCCCUACAGUGCCUGGUGGAGCAGCUGAAGAUGGAGGCCGCCACAAAGAGGAUCAAGGUCUCUCAGGGGCCUGCAGGGCUUCAACAAUACUGUCUGCAGAAUGCCUGCAAGAAUGCCCUGCUGAUAGGUGUGCAAGCAGGAAGCAACCACUUCAGGGAGCCCAGAUCCUGUGCUUUGAACACUGGACACUCUGAACAAUCGAAAGAAGUUCACCAAGGAAUGCCUUCAGGCACAAAGUGAUAAGUGACUGCCUCUGAGACUCAAGAAAACAGUUUUCUUGAUGUUGUCUUGAUUUUUGUAAGUGAGGAGACUGUUUUAUUUUUAACACUAAAUACAGAAGCUGUUUCUUACCAAACUUGUUAGGAAUGAUUAAUGUGUCGCAUAUUAGAUCUCCCCAUUCCGUACAUAAAGCAGAUCUGAUCUUUGUCUUCUUAAGUUCCUCUACUUUAUAGUUGUGGUUAUACUUUUAAAAUAAUACAUUAUUUCAAGUCUUUAAAAAACUUUUAAAAUAUGACUUAGAGACCAUUGCAAAUGAUUAAAAACAAAAUAACAUGGAAAUCUUACAACCUAAAUGAAUUCUUAAUGUCAUGUUUUACUUUGAUGAUGUACCUUCAAUUUGAGACACUUAAAAGGAUACUUUAUUUGUGUUUGUAAUAAUCCUGGAAGAGUUUAGAAAUAAAAUUUCUGCUCAACUCAUCAUUUUCUAUGACAGCAGAAAUAAAAGAGACUUCCAUAUUGUUUGCCAAAGUUAAACAUACACUGACCACAUGACCCAACCAUCGUAAAUAUUAAUCCAAGAGAAACAAAAACUUAUAUUCAAACAAAACCCUACAUUCAAAUGUUUGCAGUACUUUACUCAUAAUCACCAAACACUGAAAACAAUUAAAAUGCCUAUCACCUAGUAAAUCAAUGAUAUAUGCAACAAUGUGAAUAUCGAGAACAUUAUGUUAAAUGAAAGAAUUAAUCUCAGAGAUUACGUGUUAUAAUAUUCCACAUGUUUAUGACAUUCUGCAAAAAAGCAAACUACUGGAAAGAAAAUAGACAAGUAGUUGUCAAGGGCAAGCGGAGGCAAGAAAGGUUGAUUAAAAUAGGCAGUAUGACAGAUUUUGGGAGAUGAUGUAAUUGUUUUGUGUUUUAACUGUUGUUGCCUUUACACAAUUUUAUACAUACAUAAAAAACAGAACUGUACACUAAAAAGAAUAAAGUUCACUAUAUAUAAAUUUUAAAAAUCUAUAUUUUUAGGUUUAUGAGGAAAAAAGUACUUUCAUACAUAUCUCAUUUUAUUAUCAGCCCAAUAAAGACUAUGUAGGUACCAUUACUCUCAUUUCAUAAGUAAGGACACUGAAACAUUCAAUAAAUGUAUGAACGUAUGAGUUACAUGUGACAGGGCUAAAACUGGUUCAGAUGUACUAAUUCUCAACACAUAUUUUAUUCUCCUAAUGUUCUCAUCUUCCACUCAACUUAAUGUCCCUGAAGGGAAGAGAACCAAAGUGUCCCAGGAAGGGAAGGGACACUUUGGGAAAAAAAGAGACAGGUACUGGAAAUGUGCCCUUAAGGACCGGGCUUUUGUCCUCAUGGAAUUAAAAGAAUAGUCCAUAAUUAAAGAAGUCUGAAUAGUGAUUCAUAUAGGCAACAAAUUAACUGGCAUUAAAGGAUUAGCUAGUAACUUCUUUCAUAAAAUCUUAAUACUUUAAUGCUAACAAAAAGCAAAAAAGCAAACAUAAAAUACUCUACCUGGUCUUCAGAACAACAUUGAGAAUAAUAAUGAUGAUGACAAUUCAGAAUAGAUUUUAGAAAUUUAAAUAAACGUUUAAAAAUAUUCCCAGAUGCUAUCACCUCAGGGUGAAAAAACAAGGAAGCAGCCUUUAAAAAUACCUUUUUGAGUUCUGAAUCAAAGAAGUGGUAGUUUUAUAUUUGCCAAAGAACAUACUUUAAGUGUUAACAGCAUGGUGAGAGGGGGAUUAAGCUUAGUUCCUUCAGCAAAAAAAAAAUUAAGAAUAAAAAGUUGCAUCUGUACCAUAAA